AUGGCCGAAAGCGAGGCAGACACGCCGAGCACGCCGAUCGAGUUUGAGAGCAAAUACUUCGAGUUUGAUGGAGUGCGGCUGCCGCCCUUCUGCAGAGGGAAGAUGGAGGAGAUCGCGAAUUUCUCCCUCAGAAGUAGCGACAUAUGGAUUGUCACCUACCCGAAGUCAGGUACCAGUCUACUCCAGGAGGUUGUGUAUUUAGUGAGCCAGGGAGCAGACCCAGAUGAAAUUGGCCUUAUGAACAUCGAUGAGCAACUGCCUGUCUUAGAGUAUCCCCAACCCGGCCUGGACAUCAUACAGGAGCUCACAUCCCCUCGACUGAUCAAAAGCCAUCUUCCCUACCGGUUCCUACCAACAGCCAUGCACAAUGGAGAGGCCAAGGUGAUCUACAUGGCUCGGAACCCCAAGGACCUGGUGGUGUCUUACUACCAGUUCCACCGCUCUCUCAGGACCAUGAGCUACCGGGGAACCUUCCAGGAGUUCUCUCGGCGCUUCAUGAAUGACAAGUUGGGAUAUGGUUCCUGGUUUGAACAUGUGCAGGAAUUCUGGGAGCAUCGUAUGGACUUUAAUGUCCUCUUCUUGAAAUAUGAAGACAUGUACAAGGAUCUAGGGACGUUGGUGGAGCAGUUGGCCCGAUUCCUGGGUGUGUCAUGUGACAAGGCUCAGCUGGAGGGUAUGGUGGAGAGCUGUAACCAGCUCAUCGAGCAGUGCUGCAACUCGGAGGCGCUGUCCAUUUGCAGGGGUCGUGUAGGUCUAUGGAAGGACGUCUUCACAGUGUCUAUGAACGACAAGUUUGAUGCAGUGUACAGACAGAAGAUGGGCAAGUCCGACCUGACCUUUGACUUCUGCCUGUGAGGAGUGCCUCACCCCGCCCUCCCCUGUUACGCCUCCCUCCUCCCACUUCAGUGCUGUUGACAGGUGCACGACUCCUGCCAAAACCCACGCUCCACAUCUCCACUCAAUCAGUCAGUCUGAAGUUUGGGAUUACACCAAAGGACUUCUCCCAGCAUGCAAUCUGUCAAUGAGUCAUAAUAUAUCUCACUCUUGUGAUCAAGAUGAAUCCAGAAUCAUUAGGAGCUCCUUGAAAUUUCUCAGUCAAUAGUAAAACCAAAUGUCCCUCACCCAGACCUCCACGGUGUGCUCUGUAGAUACUGACCAGGGUUCGACUGAUGUAAAGUUCUGAAGGCCAAUGAGCUGACGUUCUGGUCCACAUUCAUAAAAAUCCUGUUGCAUGGCCACAUUCAAAACGGAGUCAAGAUACCUGCAGAUAUUUGAGACUGAAGUACACUGAAAAUCACAUGUUAGUGUUACUGGAUUUUUUCAUGUUGUGGCAUGUGUGUUACAGUACGUUAGAGAUGAACCAGGAAGUGCCAGGAAGUCUGAUGUUGAGAUAUCAGCUCACACUCUUUCCUGAAGUGUUCAUGAGGUUGUACUCUGAUGAAAAAUGAAUGAAUGAAAAGAGAGACGUUCAAAUCCUGCCCAGAUUCUUAUUUUAAUGAAUCUAUUACUCUGUGAAGUUAGAAAAAAACAACUUAGUUCCAGCAGCAGACGGGUGUUGGUGAGAAGGUUUCAGUAGCUGUGUGAUGAUUUAACACUUUAUUUGAAUCAAUCCUGAUGUCUUAAGGUUUCUUGUUCUGGUCCCUCACCAGAAUACUGUGCUGUGGGUCAUCCUAUCAGAAGCUAUCCCUCCAACAAAAGGUGGCGAUCCUCUGAGGCUGGCCCUUAGAUCAUUGUACCUUUGCACUGACAGGACCCAGCUGAGGUGGCUCAGACGUCUGACUGUGAUGCCUGCUGGAUGACUCUCUUUGAGUCUGUGAGGAGACUCUGGGGAGACCCAGGACAUCCUAGAGCUUUUACAUAUCCUUUUUGUCCUUGGGAAGUUUAGAGAUCACUCAGGAAGAGCUGAAGGAAGUAGCCAGGGAGAGGUGCAUAUGGGAUACGUUGCUUAGCCCAUGGGCUACAUGGUAAUAUAUAUGUCUGAGGAGUGAUGAAAAUCUUCAUCACAUCCCUGAGCAGAAGAACACUGUGUUCAAGUUCAUCCUCCAGUGACAAGAAUAAAGUGUGAGGGACAGAUACAAUACUCAUCUCCCAAAAAAUCUUUUUUAUUUGAAGCUUUAUAAUCCAUCCACAGCUUUCAUCCAAGAGGCCUCUUCAAUCGGAACUGAAGAGACCUCUUGAGGUGAAAUGUAUUCAGGUAUCUACAUCCAAGUACAGUUGCCCCCGAUUCAACUUUUCUUGGACUCCCUAACGUACAUAUUGAUCUUGGGAAUAAUAUCUGCCACUUUAGCUUCUAGUUUCUCCAUUGUGAUCAGCAACUAGUUACUAAUUGUGUCUCUCUGUUGUUUGGUGGCACAGGUGGUCAGUCAGAAGUUCUUCACUGAAAGCAGCCACCUGCUUGCUGCUGCUGCAAACAAGGUUGAACCAAGACAGUGAACCAGGUAUAGCACCAGGAUUUUAAUUUGGGAUAGGCCCAGGGAUAGGGAUAGUAAUUUUAACAGGGCCUUUUAAUUGCAGAAAUUACUAUCUUCAUUCCUUUGACAGUUCCUUUACUGGUCUUGGUAAAAUAUAAUGACUGAUUCUGCUGUGAAAGGUGACUAACGCGUCUGGUUGAUUAUGAGACUUUUAAAAUCUUUUUCCAAAUAAAUUUCUCUACUGAGACGAAUUAUUAUUUACACACAACAGUUUGUGUUCAUUACAACACACGCAGGUAUACUGCUCUACUGUUGUGGAAAUUAAUCACUGUUAUAGUUAUGUAUAUAUAGUUUUUUUGCUGUUGACAAAUACGUCCAUUUAUUUAGAAACAUGACAUUUUAAUUCUGUUUAAGGAAAUAACAUUUUGUCUGGAAGAUCUGGCUGAUUAUUUAAGUUUAUUGCAGGGAGAGAGAGAGAGAGAGAGAGAGAGAGAGAUUAACUGCUGGGUGAGCAAGACUGACAGGUAAAAUGGCCUGCUAUGAUUAGUCCAGACGUAACACAUGAUAGCAGCCUAAUAAAUACUUCUUUUAGGAAGGGAUAUGUUUACAUUUAAAUGUAAAUAUUAAGAGUUAAAUAUAAAAGUUAAGAAAAUAUAUGUUAUCCUUGUCAGUAAGGAUGGGUGGAACCCAAAUCCCACCCACAAUGCCACAUGUACAAUGAACUAAAAGAAGCUAAAAGGCUAAGUAGAGCAGGGUGAGUGGUUAAUCACAACGAGCAAACACUUUCACAAUACAAAGUCAUGUGAUCUGUUUAUAGGGUUUACAGACAACACCAACUCUGCCUUUAAAUUUAUAUAUCAGUCUAACCCUGAUCCUGAGUCCAUCAGUCUGUUGCAACAGAGGCUCCCGGUCAGGUCGACACAUGGAAGGUGAUUGUAAGAGGUGAGGCGAAACCUGUAGAGAAGAGACUCCUCACACCCCAGCAGCUCAGUGUCAUAGCUGCAUUAUACAUCCACCAUCACUUAUCAUCACUGUACAAACUGUAUUAAUUUCAUGUGCUGUGUGUUUGUGUGUGUGUGUGUGUGUUUGAGAAAAAAAUCCCCAGAGUUUCUCAGAAAUUGAACUCAACACCUUAUCAGAAACUUUAUCAGUCACUAUGUGUAGAAUAUGAAAAGGUCUGGUGCCCCCAAGUGGUACAGUAACAAAACACACUGGAUCACACAGACACUGAGAUGAGCGGGCUGAUAGCAGCACACAGAGACUGCAGCUGUCUUCACUGGAACUGAAGACCAUCACUAUAUAAAUAAUCGCAUUGAAUUCUACAUGUCCACGUCUCAACACUGCUCUGCAGAUGUAAACUGGUAUCUUAAAAGCGUGGUGGUUACAAGAUCAGCGUUUAAAAGACCAUGCUGUUGCCUGGUGGUUAAAGUUAGCAGCUGAUACAGGUGUACUGUUAAUGUCUCCCAGGUAUAAAGGCAGAGUUCAGACCCUCGUCUUUACUGUCGACUUGUGAGGUCUUUGUAGAUGAAAACAAAGGGCCUUGAAAUUAUUUAUUUGUUUUUUAAUUUCAUUUGUUGGCACCUGAAAAGUAUAAUAACUAUAAGAGAUAUGAGAUGUACUCAAAGAUAUUCAAAUAUAUAAAUACUCACAUAUAUGUGAGUUUAAAGCAAACAAAAGCUUGUGCAGGUACAAAGCUUCAAACUCAAGGCAGGAACAUACAGAAACAACAAAUCAAUCAUUAUUUUUAAAAUCUGUAUAUGUGAACCUUUGUUUUCUGGUCAUAGUUGUGACCGGUGUGAUAUGCUGUAGACUGAAUUAACAUUUUUUUCCUAUGCAGUCAUUAUAUUCUUACAUAUCCCAGCCCAGUUAUUAACACAUUUAAACUUUGUCACAGGCAGUACACAUCAUUCUGAUGACUAUUAUUUAUAGAGACUGUUUCACAUACACAUACAUAUGUAUACAUACAUUUUGAGCUGUUCCUGUCAUGUUUGCAGCAUCAACAUUUGACAGCCUGGCUGGCAGCUCGUCCCCCCCUCAUGCUCCAUAUCUGACCCAUCACCAUCACAAUGACUGAGGAAAGCAUCUCUCACUUUGAGGGAUAACAACAAGAACUAUGUGUGUGUGUGUGUUUGUGCGUGUGUGUGUGUGUGUGUGUGUGUGUGUGUGUGUGUUAUCCCACUGGUCACUACUGCUACCAUCCACAUUUACUCCUUCUCUGACUUCUGCAUACAUCAAUACUAGACACCUUAAAGACAAUGUGUACCACAUCUCUUUUUCCUGUCCAUCCUCUUCUCUUGGUGCAACCAGAAAGUAAACAGUGCCGGUAAUAUGACAGUUUACAAACGGAUGUGUAGUGUCACAUGUGUACACUAAACAUAUGACACUGCACAUAUUUGAUUAAGAUGCUUUAUUAGUUCAAUACUUCCUGGAAAUGCAUUGUUAGAACAUUUUUAGAGCCUUAUAGCUGAAGAUAUUUUUCAAGGUCACUCAUGUGACUGAUGGGAAGACUCAGUUUUUCUCUGAUAAACCCUGUAUGUAGAGUCCUACUUCAGUAUCUCAUCACAAAUUUUUCUCAGGAGGUUUGAUGGAUUUUGUUUUAAUUUGUAAAUGGAUUCAAAAGUUCACAGCAUGGGUAAAUGAAGCUGUUGGAAACCCCCGAGGUAAACAUCUGCUGUUGGUACCUUCUCGACCCCCCUGGCCCAUGUUUUCUGUGUGUCAGUUAUUAUUAAAACAACACUUCAUUUAGGAAUGUGAGCACAAUAUAAGCUAAAGUAGUCUGAAAACUGCAAAGACUCACCUGAAUUAGUAUUGUAUGUCAGUGGUUCACUUCUGGGUAGAUUCCAUAUUUAAUAGAUAUUUUUAUUUAGUGAAAAGAAUUAAACAGUCAGACAUUAAAAUGAGCCUUUCCUCAAAUGGUAAUCCACUGCUACUGAUUAAGACAUGUGCAACAGUUUGGGCCCUACUGCAAGAACUCAUCAUGCCUUAGUGGACUUAUUAGGAAUAAAGCAGGUGAAGAGCUGUUAUCAGGAUGAUCAGCUGAUGAUAAAUCCUCUGACUCUUCAAACCUUGUGGUAAAGCUCAACCAUGAGCUCCUCUAAGCUGCUCACUGAGGAUCUGAACAUGAAUCUGUCUGAAAUGAGAUUCAGAAACAGCAGUGAAGGGGAACUGUGGAAGUCGAGACCAGAUCUGGAAGACCAAGAAACUUUAAAAGAAACCUCCCUGUGACUACAGAGGAGCUGCAGAUGAGUGGUGCAGCAUUGAUACACCAACACACAGAAAUCCUCACCUGAGACCUCAUCGCAAAAGUGUAAAUCCUGCACAGCAACAUCUGCAUAAGCUGAAUAAACUGAGCUCUUUGACCACAGUCACCACAGGGUUAGAAAGAAAAGCAGAAGAACAUGUUUGUCAACUGUUCAGGGUGGAAAUGUUUGUCUUUGGAGUUGUGAGGCACAAAUAGAUGGAAGAAUGGAUUCCACUAAAGUUCUGGAGGCAGAUAUCGGGCUGGAUUGUACAACAGGACCAUGAUCCAAAGCAGACUUCAAAAUCCAGGCUGAAGAUUUAUUAAUCAAGAACACGACUCUAAGCUACAAACAGUGUUACAAUUUGCAGCUUGUGCACAUACUUAAAAAGUAUGAGAGCAUUAACAUUUGAAGAAAAGCUCAUUGUUUGCUCCAGACAAACUGGAUUUACUUACUUACUUAGAAGUGAGACAGUUCAUAAACUAACAUGAACACAUGCAUGAGCUCUAACUGUCAUUCAGUGCUGCACUGAUCAGGGAUCAGAUAAACCAUACAGCAGCAGCAGCUUCUCUCUGUAUGAACUAUGUGUUCAAUCACUGCAGCUAUUUUCCUCCUGUCAGGAAGAACUGCUAAUGUCAGUAUCACUUCAGCUGCUAUUAUCAUGAGGCACCACCAUUCACUGAUGUAUCUGUCCCACACACACACACACACACACACACACACACACACACACACACACACACACACACACACACACACACAUAUAUAGAGGUGGCUCAGCUGUCAGGUUCAGUCCCACUCUAAUGCCGUAUUGGAUGCAUUUACACUCUGGAUUUUUUAAGAUAUCAUCCAACAGCUACUCAAUCCACUAGCUGGGCCCACUUUGCCUGGUGUAAUCCUGGUGUAACCCCCCAUCCCCCCAUCUUUGUGUACCAUGCUUAUGUGAGCACAGACUGGUGAACAGUGGUUUCGUCCUCUUCUUCUCUGUUCUCAGAAAUGUCAGGGUUUGUCUGCCACAGAGGAGAAGGCAGAGAAUAACCAGCAUUAACGUUAACUCAUUGUAGAGUCACGACAGCAGCAGUAUCUGGAAUCAGACCAUUGACCCGAGGCAUCGCUUUCAAACAGUCCUCCUCCUCCUUUUCCUCUUCCUCAUAGUAGCUUUCAGUCCAGCAGGCCAGUCUGUGCACUCUACCAGACACUUGUGAAUGUCUUUAUUGUGUGGAUGUAAACGACAACAUCAGCACACACUCGUCAUGUCGCCUCUUUUAUGGUUGUUCAUUUGUUCUCUUCUCUUCUGUUUGCUGCUGUUGGCAAAGCUUCAGCUGCCCACAUCCACUUUUAUGGUUUGUUUGGGUUUUUGUACAUGCCCACCUCUGUUUGCUGGGUGUCUGCAUUGUAUUUUAAAUGCUCUGCUUGCUGAUUUAUUAAUAAAGUUGUGUCUUCAGGCAA